AUGGCACAAAGAUCAAUCUACCUCUUCCUCCGCCAGCCAACCCUCAUCUCUUGUGUGCAAUUCAAUAAGCAGUGGCGGGCAUUUGAAAGCAACGGCGGUGGGCCAGUAUGUGUACGAGCGCAAAGGGGCAGAUGAGGACCACGCGACGCUCUCGAGGGCCAGGGAAGGACAGGUAGGUGUAUGGCGCAGGAGAUGGCUGAAAAAUAGAAAAGCUAUUCGUAGAAUUCGUCGCGCAGACUCAAUGAAGGCUUGCCAGGGGAGGAUCGAUGGAUAGGAGGAGGUUCGUGGGGUGGAGAGCGAUGGAUGGUUGAGGUGUUGUUGGCGGCUUUGGUGGUUGUUGCGGAAUGUUCAAGUUCCUUGCUAGUCCGCAUUGGGACAUGGAUGGGAAGUCUUUUGGGACAACGACUCAUGGAAGAGCGGCCUGAGGACAACAAUCAAAUGCUGAGGACGACGAUUCAUCAAUGGUCGAGAGGAGAUGAUACUGAAUAA